AUGGCGUGCCCCAUCACGGUCACCAAAUUCGUGGGAACUGUUUCCCUGGGCAUUCUCACGGGCCUAUCCUACUCCGCAUCUGCAGUUACAAUCCCCGCCUUGAGCCUUCUUCCCACCUCCGCCAACGCCUCUCGUGCCCUCAACGAAGUGAAACGCCUGAACCGCAAACAUGGUCUACGGCUAGCCAACCUUGCUAACGGCUGUCUCCUUUUCGCAUACUCUAUCUCGCCGAGACACCGCAAACACCCCUACCUGGUCUGGAUGUGCGUCGCGUCGGUCGUUGGAUCAUACGGUAUGGACUUUUGGUUCCACAGACAACAGGGCCUCAAGGCGUGGGCUUGCAGUGUGUUGCAGGACACGGGGUGCAUGGCGCUCGCGGGCAAAGCCGCCAAGAAGGACGAGGAUCUCGUUGUCGUCGAGACUGAAGAGUCGGUUAAUGGUGAGAGUGUCCGCGAGGAGCUGGCUCGGGAGCGGCGGCUGCAGCGUGCCAGAGCCGUGUUCUCGGGCAUUGCGCUUUCCAUGGGCAUUGUGGGACUCUGGGGUGAUAGGAAGUAA